GGGAGGAUCAGAUCGAGGAUAUAAGCAUCAAGCGGAGGAAGGGUGAGAAGAAAACUAUUAGCAUGUCAAAUGAUAUAUACGAUAUGUACGUAUACCUUAGAGGUCUUACUGACUUUUUCCCACGUAGCGUUUUGUCACCCACAAGUCGUAUGCCUGAAGGGCUUGGGCGGAGCACUGACACACAACGUGCAUCUGUGAGUGAAUCUGGGGGCAGUGCGACCAGUGGCAGUGGUAACGAAGCGCUAGCCCAGGUAUGCAUAUUGAAUGCGGCUAAUGUAGAGCUCACCAAAGAAAUACAACAGCACAACAAGCAGUUUGCGGACAUAAAAUGUCAACUUGACCAGCAGGCCAAACAGAUCGGGGAGCUCAUAACAGAAAUUGACCGACUUCGAUUACUGAGUGUGCCUUCGUCCGUAGCAAAGGAACUUCAGCAAAUAGGAAAUCCUACCAAAGGUACGAAUUUUUCAACCGAUAAUCUCCAAGUUUGUCAACUACCCAGUGACCAGACCACAAAUGCUGAUGUUUGUUCUGAAAUCAAAACAAACCAAGUUGCCCCGCUUUCAAGCAAAUUAGCUGAUGUUUGCCUUAAUACCAAAACAAACCAAGCUGGCCAGCUUCCAAGCAAAUCAGCUGAUGUUUGUCCUAACACCACAACAAACAAAGCUGACCCACUUUCUAGCAAAGCAGCUGAUGUUCCAAAUGUAAAUAAUAGCAAAACAGUACUACCGAGAGAUCUAUGCACAAGCCCAUCCAUCGGUAGGGGUAGAGGCAGGGGUCGAAAUGUUUCCGCACCAGAAUCCCGUACACCUGGUAAAAAACAGCCGAGCGCACAUCUCCGACAGGUGGAUGCGCUAAGCCAACCCCCGAAGGAACGCACCAUUGAGCAAGGGACUACACCACCACGACAGAUUGGAGUAAUAGGGACCACACAAUCAUCGACCAACAAUGAGACUUAUGCGGAAGUUGUUCGUCGAAGGAAACAGCCGCAACACAUCAACAAAGCUCCUCGCAAGGAACUACAAAAAUCCAAGGGACCCACAAGGUGCCUUAGUGGAGUAAGCCACGAGAAAGGAUAUACCUUAUAUGUAGAAAAUAUUGAAAUACAUGAGGGUGAAAGUGAUAGUGAUAUUAAACACCAAGUGAUAACACAUGCCUCAUCAAUGAACAUACGCAUUAUGCAAUGUUAUGUAAUACAUAACAAAGUGUCACAAUUUAGUGUAGGCUGCAAAAUAGUUGUGCCCAUAUCAUAUGCCCUUCGUGCACAACUCGAAGAAACGUGGCCAGCGCCUAUAAAAUGUAGAGAGUGGGUGAAACGUAGGGGCCAUAAUAAUGCCCCGAGAUUUGAUGACGAUCUUGAUCAUGAUGACAUAUACGAAUCAAGUAAGCGAUAUGAAUGUGUGCAAUAUAG